AUGCCCGCCCUUGCAGAAGGCCUCACCCUAGUGGACAACCCAUCCCGCGGGCGCGGCAUCACCGCCUCGCGCGCCUUCAGCCCAGGCGCCACCAUAGCCGUCUUCAGCAACCCCAGUAUCGCGAUCCCGGACAGUCCGCACCUGGACCAAACAUGCAACCUGUGCCUGGCAAUCGAUACCAACCUGUCCAGCCUCAAGCUCCGCGCCUGCACGGGCUGCCGCGUGGUAGUCUACUGCAGCCCCGCGUGCCAGAAGGCCGACUGGCAGCGCGUGCACAAGGGCGAGUGCAAAGUGUUCAAGCGCGUCAGGGCCGAGGGCCACGACUUCCUGCCGACGCCGGUGCGCGCGCUGGUGCAGGUCCUGUUGCGGCCCGAGAUGCAGGCCGCGGCGGCGGAGAUGGAGGGCCAUGUGGACGCGUUCCGCACCGCUGGGGGAAAGGGCAAGGCGUGGACGGAUAUGGAACUGCAGGCUAUGGCUGCUCUGCAUUAUAUGGGUAGGGAGGCGAGCCCGCGGAGCUUGGGGCAGGCCGUUGAGGUGUUGUACAAGCUACAAGUCAACUCAUUCAAUCGGAUGGAUGUGGACAUUGGGCAGACGGGGCUGUUCCUCAACCCGGCGCUUGCCAUGGUCAAUCAUUCGUGUGUUCCGAACGCCUUCGUCCAGUUCGUUGGCCGUCACGCGGUUUUGCACGCGUAUCGGGAGAUCAAGGAAGGGGAGGAGAUUGAGAUCUCGUAUAUUGACUGCAACCUGCAUCGUGCACACCGUCAGGAGGCGUUAAAAAUUCGCUACCACUUCAACUGCAGUUGUCCGCGCUGCAAAGACGAUUUGGAUGUCUACCAGGUCUGCCAGAGAUACCCGCAUCUAGAGCUGAACUCCCUCAGUCUUGUUCCCGACCUGCAGAAACUACGGGAUCCUUCCAUCGGCCAGUCCCUCCAUUCGGAUUCAUCUCUGCAAAUAAACGUUGAGGAGAUAUACCCGGGCUGUUCUGCGUCGCUACAGGGACUCAGCUCGACAGACAAGAUAAAGUCCCUGCGACGACGCUGGCGAGCUUGCGAGCAGCUUCACAAGGCGAGGCUGUACGCCAUCGAGCCGUUGAACCAGGUCCUGGUUGAAGUUGCAGUAUAUUUCGGCGAGAACGGCAAUUUCGAAUACAGCCUAGCCAUCUCUUGUUUCCUAGCCUUGAACAGCGACCCCUUCAGAGCCCCGAUGCCCUUCGCGCCCCAGAGGGUCAAAGGCCUGCUCAUGAUCGGCAAGCUCCUUGCCAACACAGCGCCAGCAGACCAUGUCACGAGCGAAGGGACGACGGCACCUUUAGCGAACAAGAUCUCCCAGGCUCUGAGCAGAAUGGAUCAAGCCACCACGUGCCAGGUGAUGCUGGCGUUGGUUGUGCACUAUGGUCCAGCAGCCCACUCGAAGGAAUGGCCGAUAUAUCGACAGGCAGUGGAGCUGCUGGAUGAUCUCGAGUCCCUGCCUGGUCGGGAGACGGAGCACGCGCUUGUCACGGCUUUUAUGAGAAACCCGAACGGUCCGGAGGAAAGACGGUUCUUUGAAACAGCCGUACUGGGACCCAUACAGCUACUAUCCGAUUUUGCUUUGGAAGUCAUGGCGAGCGAGCUGGGUUCGUGA